AUGAAAGCUGGUGAGGUUCAACAAAUGGAGAUGUUGGUAGAUGGGUCGACUCAAAAGUCGGAGAAUAUCGAUCUGCUGGGAUGCUUCAAAUACACUGUCAAAUUGACAGGUCUAGACUGCUCUCCAUGUGCAGCUGCCAACAAUGGGAGCGGGUCGAAGAUCUGCGGGUAUUUGGCAAGAAUCUUCGCAAUUAUCAUCAUCAUUCUCAUGUUCUUCCGUGCAUUCACAUUCCUCGGUGAAGAAGGAAAACUUCUUUCUUUCAACUGGUCAGAGUCCAACGUCUUCGGAUUCAUGGGUCUUCAUGCAGUUGUGUGUAGUUUCUGUGUCAUGGGAUGGACUGCCAACGCUUUCAUUCCAAACUAUCUGAACCAAUUAAACCAAGUAAGAGUGCUUCGUGUCGAGCCAAACGAAGAAAUUGAUGAUUACCGUGGACUGAGAAAGAAAGCUUUCUUUUUCUCGCUUCCCUGGUUGGGAACUCUUGCAUUCACUGCUUUGUUCAAUGCGCUUCGCGAGAAGAUUGUGUUCUCAGGAGAUGUCGUCCCUGUCUACAAGUAUUCUUUGUUCCCAGCUCUCGCUUUCCUUGUCUGGAUUAUUACCUCUUCUUGUCUUGUGUUCUACGUUCUCGUUCAAUUCUCAAUGACUCGUGAAAUUGAGUACUUCAACAAAGAAUUGCAAAAAGCUAGUGAAGACAAGAAACUCAAGGAUCAUACCACUAUUUCCGAAUUCAGUUUCCGUCAAAGAGAACUCAUCAAAUUGGUCAAGAAAGCAAACGAAUCCCUCUCGAGUUACGCCAAAGUUGCUCCACUCUUCUGCUUCUUCUCCAUCAUUAAUGCCAUCUACAACUUGAGUUUCUUCUCGGCAGUGCCACUUCCAUAUGCCAUUGGACUCAUCUUCCUUCUUGCCUCCGUCAUCGGAAUGACUGUUUUGUCCUUGUUGCCAGCUGCUAAAGUUCAAGAUCAACUCACAGCUACAUCUACUAUUUUGAUGGAAAGUGAUGAAUUCGAGCACGCAGAAGAUCCAAAAGUAUACCAAACGUAUCGUGUUAUGGUUGAUAGAUCUUUGGAAUCUGACUCAAGAAUCUUCGUUGUUAACGCAUUCGGUAUCAAUUCCACCAACUUCAAUGUCGCCAUGUUCGCAGUUCCCAAUCUCGGACCAAUCUUGAUGAUGCUCAAAAAGUUGCUCGAAUCAAACGGUGUUAUUGUGUCGGAAAUAUUACAAUAA